CAGCGCAUCAUCUCUGUUUCAUCAUCAUCUUCGUUUGAAAAUAUACAAAUACAUACUAGUUCUAAACAGAUUUUAGACUUCUUUUUUCUUCUUGAUUGGUAGCUUAUAGUAUAAAUAAAUUAUCUAUUAAGCAAUAAUUUCCCAUUUUUCACAGUUCACUCUGUCUUUUCAUUCAACAAAAGAGUAGAACUUUUUGAGAGUUUCUAAAACACAAUUCAUGUCUUCGAGCAAUACGAACAGUGUAAAUUUCUCUCGUGCCCCAAGUAACAUACAUCCCAGUUUUAGAAACUACGAACAAGGGCCAGCAGAGGUGAACGAGCUUCAGCAUCAACAGUUUCAGGAUACGAAAUCGAAAGCAGCAGUAGCGGCAAAAGAAGAUGAGGAAGACACCUUCUAUUCAGCCCAGGGAACACCAAUCUCGCGCCCGCAGUCCAUCAUUAAGGCAACGCUGCAAGAUUUUGCGGGAUCUUAUUCGCGUACUUCAUUACUUUAUAUGACAGAUUCUAUUUCUGUUGACCAGCACAGCCAUGCUUAUGAAGAGGAUGAUUUGGAAUCUUUACUCUCUAGAGUCAAAUCAAUUGAUUCUAAGAGAGAUCAAAGUCAAGAUUAUCAAACGUUCAAUUCUAAAGAAGAGGCCAAGACACAUAUGCUUUUUGGGCCACCCAUUUCACGUCAUUCAACCAUAGCCUCUGAAAUACUCAAAGAUGAUGAUGGUGAUGCAGAUAUCUCCGUUGAAGGGAAGAAAAGCAAUUUUGUACAAUCUAUAUUCAAUGCCAUCAAUGUUCUGGUAGGCAUUGGUAUCUUAGCGCUCCCCCUCUCUCUAAAAUACGCUGGCUGGAUUGGCGGCUCUUUGAUUUUUAUGUUUUGCUGCUUUGGGACAAACUACACAGCCAAACUUAUCAUCAAGUGUUUGAAAGUGAACGCUUCUAACGAUGGGCUGAAUCAAACCUACGGUGAUAUGGGUCAAAUUGCUUUUGGCAAGAAUGGCAGACGAUGGAUCAGCAUUGUCUUUCUAGUGGAGCUAGUCACAAUAGGUGUGGCCAUGAUUGUACUGUUUAGUGAUGUUCUUCAAACGUUAUUCACGCGUGACUUGACCCUCGUCGAAACGAGAUGCCUGUCGUUUAUUAUACUUUUACCAACUGUAUUCCUACCUAUAAGGAAGUUAGCCUAUACAAGUCUAACAGGCAUUAUUGCGUGUUUCUCGCUGUUAUUGAUUGUCUUUUACGACGGCAUAUCAAAAAAGGACAAACCGGGAAGUUUAUUAGAGCCCAUGGAAACAGAAUUUAUUCCUACUGACAUCUCCUAUGUGCCGCUCAGUUUCGGUUUGAUCAUGUCUGGUUUUGCAGGUCAUGCCGUGUUCCCAUCUAUCUAUAGAGACAUGGAAGAUCCAAAAGCUUAUAAUCGCAUGGUCAAUUUAACAUAUAUUGUUACUGCCGGUAUUUAUGUGACGAUGGCAGUUAUUGGUUAUCUGAUGUUUGGGAAAGACGCAAUGGAAGAGAUUACUCAAAAUCUGACCCAGAUACCUGAAUACAGUCAAUUACUCAAUAAGUUUGCCAUUUGGUUACUGGUGAUGACGCCUGUUUCAAAAUACGGCUUGAUGACACAGCCACUCAAUUUGACUUGUGAACUUUGGUUAUCUCAUAAGCUGGCUAGCUAUUAUCAGUUGAAGACAAACAAUAGUAUGAUUUUCAAAAUCUUUAAUCGAAUUACUAUCACUGCCAUUUUGGUUUAUAUCUCCUAUCUUUUACCAGCAUUUGAUAGAGUUAUGUCCUUAUUGGGUGCAUUGUUCAGCUUCGGCAUCUCUAUUCUGUUUCCCAUUGUUUGUCACUUGAAACUUUUCAACAGUAAGCUAUCUACAGUUGAAAAAAUGCUGAAUUGGACUAUUUUCACCAUUUCUCUUUUCAUGGCCAUUGCUGGUACUUUAUGGAGUCUAUUCUUCACUUCACCUACUAAAUAAACAAGUAUUUUAAUAAUGCCUUUUGGUACUUUGUGUCAUGAUUUAUUGAGAGCAGGGAAAAAAAACAAAGCCCGAAAGGAAAAACAUCGUUCGACAUUUUUCAACAAGGUUGCCCACUGCUGCUGUUGUGCAUAGUAUUGCACUUUCAUGUGAUUCUUCAGGUACACAUGGAUCUACCAAUCAUAGCAUUCCCUAGCGGGGACGGACUUUUAUAUAUUUUGCUCCACAGUUUCAAACCAGAAAAAUAAAAAAAUAAAAAAUU